UUGUGGUCAGUUACAAUUUGAUUGCUUGUGCUAAAGGUGGACAUUGGACAAACUCAAACAAACAAAAAAUGAAGAUCUUUUUUAUGCUGGCUGUAGUGCUCUUCGGAGUUUUGCAUAUUGUGAGUGGUGCCGCUAGAUAUGUCGCCAACGCCAGGAAUCCAGCUUAUCCCGGAAAGUGCUACGACACGGUGACAAAAUCGACGGUGAACAGAGGCGCGACAAUCUACAAAGGCUGUGAGAAAUGGAGCUGCAGCAACGAUUACGGGCUGGAGGUUGUGGGAUGUGGCCUAGCUGUGGCCCAACAAGGGUGCCAAAUAAAGAGUGAUAGUUCCAAACGGUACCCAGAUUGCUGUCCGAAGGAAGUGUGCCCCAAGUGAUGGAUAUUGUGAAAAGUUGUCUGUUCGGAAAUCAUUUAAAAAUAAAAGAAGACAAACUAAAAGUCAAAUUUCAA